CUCACAUCACUAAAUCUAAUAUUCACAUCACUCAGUGUAACACUUUUAUCACUAGGAGCUGACACUCACUGCUCAGGAAUGAAUGAAGCCGUCACUUACGCCGACCUGCAGUUUGGGAACUUACCCCUGAAGGAAUGUCAGAAAGCAGUCUUCAAAGGUGAUGAAGAGGAGGAUCCAGGGGCAACAUAUGAGAAUGUGGAAAGUCUAAAUGGCCCCAUAAGGAAAGUGGAUAAUUUAGUCCCAGGCUACAGAGGCCGAGCACAAGACUCUGGAGGACUCCAGACACAGGCAAAUAAACUCUUACUCCUGCUCAUCCUCCUGUGCUUUGGAUUUUUCUCUGCUAUGAUUGGAAUUAUCAUUAAAUAUCUUCAGGUCUCUAGAGAGUUAGAGGAAACAUCCAGAUCUCACAUUGAACUGAACAGCAGCCUCUCCUGGGAAAUUCAGAGCAAAGAGGAGACACUAACCCUCACCCACAUGAGACUCUCCAACUUACGAACUGAGUUCAACCAACUGGUACAGCUCUGCAAUGGAACCGAAAGGACCACCAGAGAGGACAUGCACCGGAUACAAGACCUGCAUAGCAAAACAAUGGAGGAGAAGAAAACAAUGGAAAAGAACCUCACAAACAUGGAAGCACUGCUCCGAAAUGUCAGUAUGGAAUAUUGUCCCCCAGAAUGGAUUCGCUUUGGUAUGAGAUGUUUGUUCUUCUCUGAAAAGGAAGACAAUUGGGGGAAUAGCAAAUUAAACUGUGAGGAGAAUAUGUCCACUCUACUAAUCCUCAGAAAUAAUGAUAAUGGACUGAUGGAGUUCAUAUCCGGAAAACGGGUAGAAUACUGGGUUGGAAAUGAAAUUGAAUAUACCAGAAAAAACGGAUAUAUAUGGAAAACAUCAAAUGCAAUUCCAUGGUGCUGGAGAGAAAAUUGUGCUAAAAUCAGCAGCGGGGACAAACAAUCUGAAAAUAAAUAUAACAAACUUAGAUGGAUCUGUGAGAAAAAGCUGGUUCUGUUAGAUGUUGCCUACAGUUUACAAUACUUUGUCUAUAUAUCCGGUGAAAAUAACAAAUUUCAGUGCUAGAACCUUUGACACCAUAAUUAGUGACACAUGGAAGGGUCGGUGGAAAAAAAUGGAUAUAUAUAUAUAUAUAUAUAUAUAUAUAUAUAUAUAUAUAUAUAG